AUGUCAGCUACCCCACAGCCGUGUUAUUUAGUGCUGCCAAGUUUAAUUUGUUACAAUGAUGCUUUCCACCAUCUGACGAAAGAAGAGGAGUCAGUGACAUUUGAAGACUUACAAAGUGGUCUUGGAAGUCUCUUCGAAAUAACGGGUGUUCUCUAUGUUGGAACGGACAAUACAGCACCUUGGUUAAAGAAUCUCACUUUUCUCUCAAAGUUGCGACACAUCGGAGGAGAGGUGCCAUCAGGAUACACUUCUCCGUUAAAAAUAGUCCAUAAUAAUUAUCUGGAAUACCUCGGUCUUGCCUCGCUGGUGUAUGUCGGUGUAUACAGAGGAACUAUUCAAAUCGUCCAAAAUCCUAAACUUUGCCUUGCGGAUACAGUUAACUGGCGAUCGCUUAUGUGGGCACCAAAAACCACUACUAACACGACGAUACCAAUCCCCGUAGUCGUUCCAAAUCGCACCGUGAAGGAUUGUGUUUCUAAAGGCUUUCAAUGCGAUACAAGCGUCUGUGAACUCUCUCAAGGAUGCUGGGGUCCUGGACCGGAAAAUUGUCGCCUCUGUGCUCAUUGGCUCAUUCAAGGUCGCGGUGAAACUAGUCGAUGCGUGCUCAACUGCUCAUUAGCCGACGGUGGCUACUACCCUGUGAUGAUUACCAAAACAAUCGAUAAAAAUAUAGCGCUGAAAAUAAAAUCAUGUUCAAAGUGCCACAAAGAGUGUGGUUCUAUGCCUGGAGCUUGUAAUGGACCCGAUGCCAAUCACUGUAACUAUGGUUGUGCACAUGUCAAGGACGGGAAUUUUUGCCGUGCCGAAUGUCCCUUGGGAAAGUUUCCCAACGAAGAGAAUAUCUGCUAUGAAUGUGCAGCUGUUUGCACAUCACAUCCACGCGGCGUUUUAGACACCACAGAAUCAAGCAAUUGGAGUGCAGUGUGCACGGGACCUGGAGAUUGGUUCGGACACAACGGCUGUUCACAAUGCAUCCAGGUCGUUGCUGCAGCAACGACGAAUGAGGAACAUGGCUUAAGACUGAAGUGCCUUACACCUUAUCAGCCUUGCCCCAAGCGCACUUUCUUACAUCUUAUUGGUGGACAAAAGCGGAAAAUGGGAGAUCCCAAAUUGGCAAUAAGUGGUGACAUAGCAUUGUCCCAUGUUCCGCACGAGCUUCAGGAGCCCCUCGGUGAUUGGUUGUCCUCGCAUCAAUUGCAGAGCGCCAGUAUCAACAUGGUGCGUGUUUGCGCUCCCUGCCAUCCUGAAUGCCAAGACGGAUGCUCUGGUCCCUCACCCAAUCAGUGCGUGCGAUGUCGAAAUGCCCAAUUCAAUGGAAUUUGCGUGGCCAGCUGCCAUGAAGGCAAGCAGAAUUUUCAAAUCUGCACCUAUGAGGCGAAUUUGACUAGUGGGGGCAAGCAAUGUCGUCCCUGUCACGACCAGUGCAGUCAGAGUUGCGGCGGACCCUUAUCUAGUGACUGCCUCUUCUGUCAGCACUAUAAAAGAUAUCUGAACAAAGAGAAGACAAAGAAGGAGGAUUGCGGAAGACAGGUGUCUAAACCGUGCCCUAGUGUCUACAAACUAACUAGUUACUGGAUUUGUGUUGAAUCCUGCCCUCCGGAUAGCAUUGCCCAUGUGGAGCUCAAUUCCAUCACAACUGCGGUUGAGUUUGUAUGUCUUCACACUGGGAUCUCACACCACCUUCCGCCUGCGAUAUCAGGGAAAAUUGACGAGUGUCUCAUUUUCUGCACCUGGUCGGAAAUAAUUAGUCCUCGGUUGCUCAACCGCCUCUCCUGGCUGUCUACAGCUCUGCUUAUCUUUUGUGGCCUUCUAGCCCUCUUCGUAGCUGUUUACUUCGGCUACGUGUGCUCUCGCAUUGUAAUUCGUGGACGCAAAUCAAGGAGUGAGCCCGUGGUUGACCAACUUCAAAGUGGUAGAAGUUCUAUGUGCAACCGAUUUUGGAUGAGAGCGGUAGUUGUUGCGGAACUGGAAGAGAAGAAAAAUAACCGGAGAUUGAGUAAAUCACGAAGAAAUAUAAGUCUGCGUUCACUUCCUGUGAGAUCUAACACGCUAAAUGGUGAUGAUGAGCAAAGCUACCUUGUAUCAUCUCAAGCAGAUACAAUGCCCGACAUGACCACACUGCUCAUAAUACCUGAGUACCAGCUAAAACUGGGUAAUCGAGUUGGUGGUGGAGCAUUUGGUUCAGUCUACCGAGGCAUAUGGUACAAGGGCCCGAUUUCUCCAGAAUUUGCAAAGAAGGUUGACGACUUAUUUGCGCAGGCUGCCAAGGUUGAAUUGGAGAAGCCGAAAUUGGUGCCAUUGGAUUCGCUGGUGGAGGACAACGCAUACGCCAGCACGGAACAGGAAUACCUUACGAUGGAAGAGGAGGAGGAGGAAAAGGAGGCGAAGGAGGCCCAAAAUUUGGAGAAGUCUGUGGUACUCGAGGAGAAAACGGAGCUGAAACCCCUGUCACAAGUGGAGAAACCUAUCACUUCUGAACUAAACAUAACGUCUUCGCCUGCCCCACAGACAGGCAUGUUUCGAUUCUCCGAAGAUUGCGAGGAGGAAAGAGAGAAGUUCUACAUGGAAAAUGUGGAAGAACACGUAGUCGCUAUCAAAGUGCUCACUGAUGAGACUGAUCCAUUUACUUCCAAGGCUCUUCUUGAUGAGGCUCGUCUUAUGGCGACGGUCAAUCACCCCUGCUGCCUUCGUUUGCUGGCUCUCUGUAUGACAGCCCGUCCACAACUUGUCACACCAUUUCUGCCUCUGGGGUGUCUGCUGUCCUACCUUCAUCGACAUGGCGGUCCUAAUGCGAUCGAUUGUGAUGUUAUAACUCCUGAAAUCAUGCUGAAUUGGGCCAACCAGAUAGCCAGUGGAAUGGCAUAUCUCGCCUCGCGAAGCAUCAUUCACCGUGACUUAGCUGCUCGUAAUGUGCUUGUAGAAACACCUGAACAGAUCAAAAUAACAGACUUUGGGUUGGCUAAAUGCAUCGAAGACACAGAUGGAGAAUACACAGCUAAGGGUGGUCUAAUGCCAGUUAAGUGGCUCGCGAUUGAGUGCAUCAAGAAGCGCAUAUUCUCCAGCAAAUCCGAUGUCUGGGCCUACGGUGUGACCCUGUGGGAGAUAUUUACUCUCGGUCGAAGACCCUAUGAGAGGACCCACACUCGCCAUCUUAUUCAAUAUCUGGAGAAAGGACUUCGGCUGGUCCAACCGAUGACCACAAGUUUGGAGCUCUACAAACUCAUGGUUGAAUGUAAGGCCAUCAAAGUAUAUUCGUGUCAAAUGCUAUGCAGGUGUUGGCAAGGCGAUCCUGAUAGACGACCUGGUUUCGAUGAACUAUUUCAGAGAAUCAGUUUCAUGCAACUGAAUCCGCUGGCUUUUAUCAACUUCAAGCGUGGCAGGAUUCGUUUAUGGAGUGAUUCUGGUCUCAUGGGCUCGACGUCGAGCUACGUGGCCACAACUAUAAACGCCACAGUCACCACAGGGAACACCGGUACCAUAGUGAAAUCAACAUCGGAGGUGUCGGUGCUCACCUCAACCUCGUCUUGCCUCAACUACCUGGCAGAGGUGACUGAGGAGAAGGAAGAUGUGGGGUACACCUCUUCACCCCGAGACGAUCGUUAUGGCAUCAUCAUGCCUACCUCUAGCCAACGUCAGGAUCCAGUUCAACCGCUUGAAUGCAUCGUGGAGGACGUCGAUGAAACGAGUGCUUUAGAGAACGAUUACGAAAAACCCAUUGAAACUGUUCAGAGAGUCGACCCUUUUCCACCUAAUGAUAUAGCUCCUGCUGCUAUCAUCGGUGGAGGCUACUUGGGGCCCAAAGAGGAGAUAAAUCAAGCUGAACCAGAGGAGAAACGAAGUUACGUGGAUCAAUUUGUGAAGUUUUCGAUGGAAGUUUCACAAGUACAACACCUUUUGCACCAUAAAGUGAACUAUAACAGUACCUUUUGCUUCAUUGAUGUGUACAUUCACAACAUGCAUGUUUGUCGUGAUGUUUAG